AAGCCAAGCUGACCUCCGCACCAGACGCUCAGAGGGGUACUAGCUCCAAUGCAUGAGCUGGACUUGCAAAAUAAGCAGAUGAGCAUUCAGUGUUUGUUUCCGUCGCAACUUUCAUUUGUUUAAUGUGCCAAACAACUCUAUAAACAUGGCUGCUUUUGUCAAAUCGAUCAAUGCCAGGAUACGGGCGAACAAGGUGUUGGACUAUGUGUGCUCCACGCACUUUUGGGGCCCCGUAUCGACCUUUGGCAUCCCCAUCGCGGCCAUAGCAGACAUUCAGAGAGCGCCGGCAGACAAGAUCUCCCUACCGAUGACCUGCGCCCUCGCGGGAUACUCUGGCGUAUUCAUGCGAUUCGCCUUUGCCGUCACCCCAAAGAACUACCUGCUCUUUGCGACCCACGUCGUGAACUCGACGGCGCAGCUCACGCAGGGUUACAGGUACUUUCAGUACCACUACGGUGGCGGAAAGGAGAGGCCUGCGGCCCAGGAGGCGGCUGUUAGUGGGUAUGUCAGCAAGGAGGAGAUCAAAGACGCCGCUGCGAUCUUGGUGAAGAGGUAGCCAGCAUCUUAUGGCGGAUGCGUCGACUUGGCAUAUACAAUGACCAUACUGUCUGCUCAAUGAAACACUGCAACACCGUUUUGAAUAUCUACCUACUAGCCUACUUGCCUACCUACCUACUUCUGCAUUAUCUGCCCAGACAUCAGGCCGCAGUAGAGUCUUCAUCAUAUGUUUCGGAUGUACGUAUAUAUCCAGGUGUUGGGUCCUUGUUCAAACCAUGAAUGUCGCGUUCCCAAG